AUGGCGACGAAGACGGCUGGCGGAAACGCCGCCUUUCACAACUUCCACAACGACUUUGCACAUAUCCAGGACCCCAACGAGCGACGACGACUUGCCCUCGCUGAGAUCGAUAAGGCUCCCUUUGGUUGGUACCAUGUCCGUGCCAUUGUGGUCGCCGGUAUUGGCUUCUUCACCGACGCAUACGAUAUCUUCGCCAUCAAUUUGGUGACGGCCAUGUUGGGUGUCGUGUACUGGCAAGAUGCUCCCAAUCCCAAGAACGCAGGAAAGAUCCCUUCCAACUCGGAUACUGCGAUCAAAGUUGCAACCUCUGGUGGUACUGUUAUCGGUCAAAUCGGUUUUGGUUGGCUUGCCGAUAUCGUCGGUCGCAAGCGAAUGUACGGUCUCGAGUUGAUCCUCAUCAUCUUCGCAACUCUUGCUCAGGCUCUGUCCUCCGACUCUCCUGCCAUCUCCAUUGUCGGUAUCAUCAUCUUCUGGCGUGUGAUGAUGGGUAUCGGCAUUGGAGGCGACUACCCUCUUUCUUCCAUCAUCACUUCUGAGUUUGCCACUACCAAAUGGAGAGGUGCCAUGAUGGGCGCAGUCUUUGCUAUGCAGGGCAUUGGCCAGUUUACUGCUGCCAUUAUCGCUUUGAUUGUCGUUACUGGCUUCCACCAGUCUCUCAAGACUGCUAAAUCCGUCGACGUCUGUGAUGGUGUUUGCCAACUUGCUGUUGACAAGAUGUGGCGUGUCAUCAUCGGCUUCGGCGCAGUUCCGGGCUGCAUUGCCUUGUACUUCCGUCUCACCAUCCCCGAGACUCCUCGUUAUACCUUCGAUGUUGCCCGUGACUCUGAGAAGGCUGUUGAGGACGUCAAGGCCUACCAAUCUGGUCAACACGAGGGCCAUCCCGACGAAGUCAGCCGCGCCGCUGUCUUGCAAGACUCUCGCCAGCGCCUCGAAACCCCCAAGGCCAGUUGGGCGGAUUUCCGGCGACACUACACCCAAUGGAAGCACGGCAAGGUCCUGCUCGGAACUGCUGGCUCGUGGUUCUUCCUCGAUGUGGCCUUUUACGGCCUGGGCCUCAACAACUCCAUUAUUCUCCAAGCCAUUGGCUACGCCAAGGGUAACAAUGUCUACGAGAUUUUCUACAAUACCGCUGUUGGCAACCUUAUCAUUGUCUGCGCGGGUGCCAUUCCAGGCUACUGGGUCACUGUUGCGACAGUUGAUACUAUUGGCCGCAAGACCAUUCAGAUGAUGGGCUUCAUCCUUCUCACCAUCAUCUUCAUUAUCAUCGGCUUCGCAUACAAUCAUCUUCACGAAGGUGGUCUUCUAGCGCUCUACGUCCUCGCCCAGUUUUUCUUCAACUUCGGCCCCAACGCCACAACUUUUAUUGUUCCCGGUGAAUGCUUCCCGACCCGCUACCGAUCCACCUCGCACGGUAUCUCGGCGGCCUCGGGCAAGAUCGGAGCCAUUGUCGCUCAGACUGUCUUCGGCCCUCUCCGAACCAAGGGACACCCUACCAAGAACAACCCGUCUCCUUGGCUCGACCAUGUCAUGGAGAUCUUCGCCCUCUUUAUGCUCUGCGGCUGCUUCACGACCCUCCUCAUCCCCGAGACCAAGCGCAAGACGCUCGAGGAGCUUGCUGGUGAAGUACCCGGCACCAAGAACUAUGAUCCCGAAUCCGCUGGUCACCGCAAGGAGUCAUAUGUUGCCCAGACCACCGACCAGGGCGUCAUGGAGGGUGACAAGACUGCUUGA